UCUCUCUCUGUCUCCCUCACAUCCUCUCCUCCGCUUCAUCCAGCAGCAUCCUACAGCUCUCUCCUCUUUCCCAACUGUGAGCAACAAUGACCAGCACAAUAUCAGCUUACACAGACAAGAUCAAGGAGAUGUCCAUGCUGUCUCUGCUCUGCUCCUGCUUCUACACACAGCCGCAUCCCAACAGCCUCUAUCAGUAUGGAGACCUGGAAGUGAAAGGCUUGAACAAGCGAAUGUCAGGCCAGUCAUUUGAGGUGGUCCUGAAGAAUUCCGAUAACUCUGGGGACAAAAGCCAACCUCAGCCACUGGUUUCCCCUCCAAGGAAGGAAAUGUCCCUGGAAGAACUCCAGAAGAGACUGGAGGCUGCUGAGGAGAGGAGGAAGUUGCAUGAGGCACUAGUGCUGAAGCAGCUGGCAGAGAAGAGGGAGCAUGUGCAGGAGGUCCUCCACAAGGCACGCGAGGAGAAUAACAUCUUCAGCAAGAAGACGGAGGAGAAGCUCAUCCAAAAGAUGGAGGUCAACAAGGAGAACCGAGAGGCCCACCUCAAUGCUCUAAAACAACGGCUACGUGAGAAAGAAGUCCACGCUGCUGAGGUACGCAGGAACAAGGAGCGUCAGGCUGACCUCUCUGGCUGAUGAUGUUUUUUACACUGUGGAAAUGGAUGCUACUUUGAAAAGCUCCUGUCUCUCAAAGUUUUCCUGUUGUUCAAUAUUCACCAGUAUAUCCUACAGUGCACCUUUCAGGACUCAAACUAGUAGUUAAUCAGCACCAAAUAAUGCUACUCACCUGUUUGGUAAACCACACACAUUUGGAAGGCCAGAGAAAUAUUCUGUGAACAGAGUCAAGUACAGUUACAAUAAAAUCCAAUCCUGUGUCAAACAAGGUCUGUCUUGGAUUCAUCUUGGGAGUGAGAACAGGCACUAGGCAACAUUCUCUAAAUAUAAAAGCAUUAGUUUAGUAAAGAGGUGUAACUAAAAAAUAUACACUGUGCGCACAAUUAUUAGGCAAGGGAGCAUUUUGAAAUUGUCCUUCAGAGGGAUGAAAUUUCCAACAUUACAGAACCAUCAAAUGUUUUGUUGCAAAUAGUCAACAGGGUCACAAGAAACAUGUAGAAAAAAAAGACACAAAUUAACUGCCAGAGAUUUGAGAAGAAUCAAACAUGAAGUUACCAGGAACCCAUUAUCCUCCAGUGCUGUCAUAUUCCAGAACUGCAACCUACCUGGAGUGCCCAGAAGAACAAGGUGUUCAGAGGUCAGAGACAUGGUCAAGGCAGGGAAGGCUGAAACCCGACCACAACUGAACAAGACACAUAAGUUGAAAUGUCAAGACUGGGCCAAGAAAUAUCUGAAGACAGAUUUUUCAAAAGUUUUAGGUGACUGAUGAGAUGAUGGUGACUCUUGAUGGACCAGAUGGAUGGGCCCAUGAAUGGAUUGGUAAAGAGCACAGAGCUUCACUUCGA